CAUUGAAAUUGUCAGUGGGCGGGUGUAGCUUUAGAAAGAGCAAAUCUGAGAGCAUACCAGCGGCACGUAUCCGUGCACAGAUUGUGCGGAACAAUCAGUGGGAACAAUCCUUGUGUUUCUCUUGCUAAUCAAUGGCACACACAACACAUGUACGCCAAAGUACAUGGACAGAACCCAAGUAGUUGCAGAGAUCAACAAAGUGGAACUUUUGACUUACUACUGGACAUAAGUUUACAUUUCGACAAGCUACAUUACACCAGUAAUAAUAGUCAACAAUUUGCAUUUAGCCGUCAGUCUUUACCGUAUUCUCAGUUGUGCUGAAAGAUUUGCAUAGAAGAGAACGGAGAAAGAUGUACGGGAAUCAUUAGCGAUAGUACGUCCACUGCUGCUGCUGCUGCUGUUGCUGAUCGCUCACUACUGUUUACUAAAGAGUAUCAGAACAUGUUUGGAUUUCGCAUUAAUUAACGAGAAUCUCUCGCUCCCCGAUAUUGGCACGGUAGUUCUGACGCUCUGAGCUCGGUAUUGGCCAACUAUCGGCAUGAGGAGGUCCACCAGUUAACCUUGGAACUGCAGGGAGUGAGGAGUUACAAGGUUCCAAAGUUCAUUCUAUGAUGAAAUUUAGUUUUCAAAUCAAGAUUGAGACCUAUGCGGCGUGAUGUGGUGUACAAAAAGUAUCGGAGUAUGGCUGGUGACAUGGGGCUGUCUUCUGCGAGGCUUAGACCUAGCUCCACAAGCCACCCCGAAGCAAGUACCUUGCGACAAGACUCGGAAAGUCUUCACCGAUUCUUGGGGCAUCAUUACCGAUGGUCCCAUGGGCUCAAAUUAUACUCAAGAUUCGCACUGCGAAUGGCUCAUCAAAGCCGACAACAAUCGGCGGUUUGUAACAUUAAGCUUCAGAACAAUGAGAACAGAAUGCAGUUACGACUACGUUUUUGUUUAUGACGGAGAUUCCUUCAGGUCUCCGCUGCUAGGCAGCUUCAGCGGUAAAACAGAACCACAGCAAGUAACAUCAUCUUCUGGUUAUAUGCUGAUCUUGUUGUACAGUGAUACUAAUUAUGUACUCGAUGGAUUUCGUGCUGAAUUUUCUGUCACAGACUGCCCAAAUAAUUGCACAAAUCAUGGAGUUUGUAUAAAAAAUUUAUGCGUUUGCGAAAGUGACUGGGGAGGAAAAGACUGCUCUAGAGCUUUAUGCCCAGAUCACUGCUCUCAUGGAGGCAUAUGCAGACACGGAAGAUGCGUUUGUCAUGACGGAUUUUCAGGACAAUCCUGUUCUCUAGAUAGAUCAGAUCCAGUUGGCAAUAGGUGGCACUGGUUGUCCCAUUCUGAAGGUGGCAUGACUCCACGUGCAGCUCAUACUGCGGUUUAUAUAAAUGAGACAGAUGCUCUAUACGUGUUUGGGGGAUAUGAUCUCAACCAUAUACUUGGCGAUUUAGAAGUCUAUCGUUUUUCAACUAGUCAAUGGGAGGAUGAAUAUGGAACGAUUCUUGAAGGAGCAUCGUCCCUCGAAUAUCUUGAUCCAAUGUUAAUUGCCGGUGAGCUUGAAAGAGUGGGGCCGGGUGGCGAAGAGCGAUUUGGUUUGCGACCGACAUCUUUCUUCCGAAAUCUCCUUUUCAGCAUUAAGAAUAAUAGCACGUUUAGUUUAAGACACAGAGCGACUAUUGAAGCUGGUCAUCAUAACUGGCGGGAGCUCAGAGAUACACCUGAACAUAGAGAAAGAGAAAGAAAAGAACAAGAAGCAAGAGAACGAGAACUGAAAGAAAGACAAGAAAGAAAUGAAAGAAACGAGAAACUCAGACGAAAACACCAGACCCGACGUCCCAAGCCAAGAUAUACUAGAUAUGCUGAACUCGAUACUGACGACCUUGAAGACGAGACCUCUGAGAUCGCAGAUGACACAACAAGCUGGGAAGUGAAAGUACCUGAUAAAAUUUCCCUGCAUGAAAAUCCAUACAUUCAAGAAAUUGUUGAGCCCAAGUUCACCACCGAAACUACAAAUCGAGAAGAAUCGACCGAACCUAAUUUUGACGAGCUACCAAAACCCAGCCCAAGAUAUGGUCACGCUGCUUGUAAAUAUAAAGAAGGCUUUGUCAUAUAUGGAGGCAAAGUAGAAGAUGGUUCACUUUCCAACGAACUCUGGCAUUACGACGUUAUCAAACGUGUUUGGACAUUGAGGGCUAAGAAUUCGCCCUUUUAUCCUCCGCGAUUGACGAGGCACUCGCUCACACUCGUUCAAGACGAAAUUUAUUUAUUUGGAGGAAGUACAGUUGACGGAGAGUUUUCUUCAAAUCUUUACAAAAUCAGCCUCAAUCUUUCCGAUGAAACAGCAUCGGAAAGAUGGAGGGAAGUUCGUCCGAGGGGAGGAAAAGAAUUAGACGUCCGAGUGGUUGCACAUUCCACGGUUUAUCACCAACCAACAAAUUCUCUCCUGGUUUAUGGGGGUGUCGUCGCUAGCGUCGCUAGAUUCAGCAAACUUUCAGACAGAAUGUUCGUUUUCCAACUAGAUAGAAAAGUUUGGUCAGAAAUCCACUACCCAAGAGCUCAUCUCAGGGAUACCUAUGUUCCAAGGGAACGUGCUUUUCACACCAGUACAAUAAUAGGCAAUUAUUUGGUCGUAUUUGGAGGAUACUCCCACAGGCACAACAAAGAAGAAAUUUGCUAUGAUAAUCAGAUGUACCUUUAUCAUCUGGGGUGUCAUGCCUGGGUCAGCCACGACGUACUGGGAUUAAACGAUAAGACAUAUUUACCAACUGAUUCUCAAUACCCAAAAAAACAAGGAGUUUUUGCACAUGCUGCAGACGUUCGAAAUGGGAAUACAUUGCUUCUAGUUGGAGGAUAUCAUGGCAACGUUAACGCGGAUCUUCUAGCGUACACGUUACCUCCUAUGCUGGCUCCUAAAGUUGGUGAUUACAUAGAACCAGAACAAAUUUGCUCUCGACAUAAAAGUCUCAUGGAAUGCGCAGCAAAUCCAGAAUGCGGAUGGUGUUCUGCAGAUGAAAUAUGCUAUGGUAGAACAGUCGGCAGCAAUUGCACAACAAAUUUACAGACGACUAGAUGUCCAGGGAUUUGUCCAGCCCUCGGAGACUGUCAUUCUUGUCUAAUUCAUGGUCAGCCAGGCGGCCGAUGGGGAACCAGUGCAAGAGGUGGUACGUCUGUAUCAAACAAAUUGAAUCUCGGAACGUGUACAUGGUGCGUACAAAAUGCAAGAUGUCAUCACAAAGACGACAACUACGGCGUUUGUGGUCUCAGGGAAGAUACACCAUCCCAAAUACCUGGAUGGUGGGGAGCAAAGGGCACGGAGAUUGCAAAAGUUGAAGAGUGCAGGGAAUUAGAUCGGCGACCUGGGCUCACUUUCUUGAAGUAUAAGCCCCCUGUUAAUUUCAGCCAACCGGAUUCUGUAACCAUUGUAAAUGCAACAACUGUUGAUUUCAACGUUCCAUCCAUGCAAGGUGCUAAAACGGAGUCUGGACUUGGCGGAGAAAUGAUUGCAAGACUGAUCGGGUUUCUUAGACCCCCCCAGUAUGUCUGGGACAGCACUUUGGAGCACUUGAAAAUCUGUGUCAGCUAUAACAGCGCAACCCUUCAUGUUUCGCACAGCGACGAUACUCGAGAGUUGGAACUUGUCGCCAAUCUCACAGCCGAAGCUUCUCAAUGUAUACCAACAACUUGGCCAGACGGACACCCGACAAUGUUGCUACCAGGUCGCUACCUAUUAGACUUUGAAUCAAAGCGUAUGGUGACCGCGAGUUACGCAUACGCGAGUAAAAUGGAGAUAACUCAUAACAGGAGAAAUGAAAAUCCGAAAGUAUUCACAUUUGAAUAUUUAGAGCCUUUCCAGAAUGGCUCAUGCCAUCAGUAUGGCAACUGUCUUCACUGUCUAACAGACUCUUCUUGUGGAUGGUGCGAUGUCACAAACAAAUGCAUGUCCAGAUCUAUUAAUGAGACUGAAAAUUGCGCUGCUAAUGUCGAAUGGGAUGACGAUGGCCAACCUAUUAGUGAUUGGCACUACCUUACAAUAACACCGUCUACCUGUGCAAAUUGUUCUAAUUACAUAUCAUGCGAAUCUUGUGUCGGCAGCAAUUUAUGUGAAUGGUGGACAGAGGAGGCAAAAUGCGCACGUAUAGGGAGACUUCCAAACGCGGUAGCCAGCAUAGAUCGCUGUCCUGUACCCUGUAGGCAAAGAUCGAGCUGUGCGCAAUGUCUCGACGAACGAGGUCGAUGUGUAUGGUGUGAAGCAACUCAAGAAUGUUUUUCCUUUUCCGUUUAUACUUCGGAAUAUCAGUUUGGCCUCUGCAGAGAAUGGAUGGACCAGGCAGGUCUCAUGGGGAUAACGUCAAGGUCAGGAUCAACUCUGACAGGUAUAGAUCAGUGCAAAAGUUGCGGAAGACAUGCGAACUGUUCGAGUUGUCUCCAUUCAUUGAGCUGUGGAUGGUGCCACAGUCUAGAAAAACCCAUAACAGGGGUAUGUGUUCAAGGGGAUUUCAAUCAGCCCCAUGUGAACUGCAGUGCGGCUAUAAACGCCAGACAAAAUUCAACUCUGAGUCCAGAUGAGACAGGUUGGGCCUAUGCCCAGUGUCCUGAUGUGGAUGAGUGUGAUCUCGGACUACACGAUUGCCACCCUAAUGCGGCAUGCACAAAUACUCACGGGAGUUUCAGCUGUCAGUGUAAAAGAGGGUUUAAUGGAGAUGGAAGAGAAAACUGUACCAAAACUUGCUACGAAAAAUGUGUGAAUGGAUAUUGCAGUGAGGCACCUGACUACAAGUGCGAAUGUAAUUUGGGAUGGACUGGACCUGAUUGCAGAACCAAUUGCGGUUGUUAUAAUCAUUCUACCUGUGUCCAUGGUCCAGGAGUCUGUGACGAGUGCAGGGACUGGACAACUGGUAAAUACUGUGAAGAAUGCAAAGCUGGCAGCUACGGUAAUGCUACAACGAGUUUGGGAUGUAGAAAAUGCAAUUGCAAUGAACACGGGGACAAGGAUAACGGUGUUUGUGAUAGACAAACUGGGGUCUGCUUCUGCAAAGAUAACACGAAAGGAGAUAGGUGUCAUAGAUGUGAAAAAGGAUAUUACGGUGAUCCUAGAGAUGGAGGAAUGUGCUACUAUGGUUGCAUGGCCAGAGGGAUGCUCGGCGGAGAAGGAAUUGGAAAACAGGGACUUGGUAGCAGGCAUUCACAGGUAUCCCUAUGGGAAACGCAGCUGGGUGGUCCCCCUACAAGAGAAUGUCUAUGGGUAGUUAGUCCAGAGUCUGGGCUGUCUCCUGACACAAUGACACCAAGUAUUCAAAGCGUAAUUCAAUUCACUCUUCAUGACGAUAUAGACGUAAGCUGCCAAGAAAAUAGUGUUUACGUCUACGAUGGUCUCCCAGAUUUUGUUUCUUCAACCACAAGUCACCAGAGUCAGCUCCUUGGUGUUUACUGUACAGAAAGUACGAACUACCCAGUUACUGUAGAGGCGAAAUCAGGAUUUCUGACUGUGCAUUACAAACAGCUAGAUGAUGUUGAAGGAUUUAAUGCCAGCUAUGUCGUUAUGACAUGCAAUAAUUGCCCUGAAAAUCGUGAAUGCAGACAUGGCAAUUGCCUCUGCAAAGCAGGCUUCGUCGGGAUAAACUGCGAUAUCGAACUUUGUCCGAACAAUUGUACUGCCUCCAAAAAGCAAGGAAUCUGCGACAAAGGAUACGGUCAUUGCGUUUGCAUUUCCGGUUACGGAGGUAGAGAUUGUUCCGUCAAAAUCAAGGAGAAUCAAUUAGUUUUUACCGAACUAUUCAACUCCGAGUACCUUGCGGAUAAUCUUGACCAUCUCCGUAAAACUCUGCCCAGAUUCGGACACAGCCUUGUUGCCGAUCGCAGAGGAAGCUUGUGGAUGUUUGGUGGAUAUUCACUCAGCCAUGGACCGUUGAAUGACAUCAGACUUUUCGACACUAAAAAUAGUACUUGGAUGCCGGUCACCGUUGAAUCUACGUCAGAGGCAUCAAUGCCACAAGGAAGAUAUUUCCACGCAUCCGAAAUUGUACACAGCAGACAGCAGAUCUAUGUUUAUGGGGGUCUCUCCAUGAAAGAAGAGGGUGUGCAGGGACUAUCUAAUAAUACACUUGAUGAUUUCUGGAAAUUCAGUCUACAGAAUCAGAGGUGGAGUCACAUAUCUCAGGAAAUUAACAAGAAGGAACCUCCACCUCUUGCUGGGCACACUUUGACCCUUAGAAGAGAUGGGGAAUCCGAAAGUCUGAUACUCAUAGGUGGGUUCAGCCCGAAAUACGGGUACUUGGAGAUAGUGUGGGAAUUUAAUCUGGAAACUGAAACAUGGGACACAAUAAAUACGAACGGAAAUGGUCCUCUCGGUGUCUAUGGACAUUCCACUGUAUAUCACUCGAGAUCUGAGAGCUUUUACGUAUUCGGGGGAUACACUUACGCUAUAAACAGAACCUUCAUCUCCAACAAACUCUAUGCCUUGAAUUACAAAACUCGGGUUUGGUCAGUGCUUCCUCCAUUCGAAGACGAAUUCACAGAUGGAAGCAGUUUGCCACAGGCUCGUUUUCUUCAUUCUGCUGUUACAACUGAUGAAUACAUGGUGAUAUUUGGGGGUCGACAGUACCCUCGGAACACAACAGACUCGUUGAUAGCUUACAAAUACUCUUGUAACUUAUGGAUUCGAUUGAUAACAAAAGACAUGGAAAUUAUUGGUACGCCUCCGCCACCGGCAUACGCUCAUGCUAUGACACACGCUGACCCAGAGACGAAUGCUAUAUACGUAGUUGGUGGAUUUGAUGGUGGAAUUAAAAGUCAUGUCACACUUAUAAACAUUCCUGAGGAUUUGUGCAGUCUUUGGACGGACAAGGCUACAUGCCGCAAAUAUUUUGGAUGCUCGUUCUGUGCAGUCACAACCCUGACAGGGGAAAAUGCAGUGUACUGUUUCUCAAACGAAAAUCUGGACAACAAGGAUGACAGAUGUGAUGUAAAUGUGACCCAGGCUCAGAGGUCUAAUGGAAUAUUUUGUAACGCAGAUUGGAUGGCUUCAAGAAAAUGCGUGAAUUUCAAAUCUUGUACAGAGUGCUUGGCGCAGUGGCCUUAUUUCAAGGGUGAUGAGCCUGUUUGCAAAUGGUGUACACACUGUCCUCAUGGAAAGUGUAUUCCUUCAGGAAAAGACUGCGAUGAACAAAACAAAUGUAACGUGAGACAGCUUUCCAUCAAUGAUGUGAAUCAAUGCGGGGAGCGACAGUGCUCUGCUAGCGAUUGUGAAAAAUGUAAAAGCCUAGGAAAUUGCGUAUGGACGAGACAAGUUCUCAAGACUUCUGAACUGGGUGUUAAAGUGACAGGAGAACCAGUCUAUGAUUGGAACUGUGUUCCAGAGGAUAUUUUCGAUAGGUCGAGUAUAAAAAUGAGAACUGCUCCACAAGCUCAGUGUGACAGCAGAUGUAGCGACCACAAAGAUUGCGGAAGCUGCCUCCAAGGCACUGGUGCCGAAGGCGGUUGGAGUGAAUGCCGUUGGUCUACACAGCUGAACGAAUGUAUCUCUCCAUCAUAUCAACCGCUUUAUUGUGCAGGGGGUGUAUGCGGCUUGGUGCUACGCGGGGUAGAUUCUGAUCAUUGCCCGGAACCUUGUUCAACAUUCAAGCAGUGUGGUACAUGCCUAAAACAUUCACAUUGCGGUUGGUGUUCAUUGGAUGUGCAAAAUAUAACUGGACAAGGAAUAUGUACCGAGGGAUCCCUCGAGGCUCCUACUGACCACCCAGCUGGAGGCACAUGUGAAAUGCUUUACUAUCAGCUUUAUCCCCCAGCAGACAUAUCCGUUAGUUCUGCCAUUGCCCAACUCACUGAUUCAAUUGAAGAAUCGGACAACUCUACCACAGCUAUAUUAACCACAUCUCCAUCCCCAAGAUUUUCGUGGCACUAUGUUCGUUGCCCUCCAGAAAACGAAUGCAAAAAUGGACAUCACACUUGCUCUCCACAAAGUGAACAGUGUGUCGACAUGGACGAAGGAUUUGAGUGUGUCUGUGGUUCUGGUUAUAAACCCGAAAAUACCUGGGCUGUUAACGAAUUUGGAAGAAAUAUUUGCGUUCCUGUUUGUACUCAAGGUUGUGUUAGAGGUACAUGCGUUGAACCAGAUGUCUGUCGCUGCGAUUUUGGCUAUGUCGGAGCUAACUGUUCAAUUCAGUGUCAAUGCAAUGGUCACAGCAACUGCGCGGGUCCCGACAAACUGGGAGAAUGUUUAAAGUGUCACAAUAACACGAUGGGCCCACAGUGUGAAAAAUGCUUGCCACUCUUUGUCGGUAAUCCAGCUGAUAAUGGCCAGUGCGUACCUUGCCUAGAAUACUGCAACGGGCACACGCACGUUUGUAUCAAUGAGAGCAUGACCGUUAUCGAUCCUAGCAUAAUAGAAAAAAUGUCGCUAGAAAUGUUGACUGAGAAAUUAGUUGAAGGUCCCAUAGCUAAAGCCAGAUGUGUAGAGUGCAAAAAUAAUACAAGAGGAGAAAAAUGCGAGGACUGCAACAGUGGCAAUUUCCGAGGCACCGAAGACCUCAGAGAUGUUUGUAGACCAUGCGAAUGUCAUGGCCAUGGGGACACCUGCGAUCCUGUGACCGGGGAAAAAUGUAAUUGCGGCAAUAAUACCGAAAGCGAGCAGAAUUGUGCGAGUGGACCGAUUAAAGGGCCCAAUACUGGCGCUGCACCUUGCUGGAUGGCGCAAUGCAGUAAAUGCCGAGAAAACUAUGCUGGCACUCCUACAAUGGGACAUCAAUGCUACAAAACAGUGACAGUGGACAACAAAAUGUGCUUCGAUUCGAAAUUGAUAGAUUUGCACCAUGCUAUUAUGUCCGGAGGAUCACAUGGUUUGUACGACUGUUUGUACUCCUUACACCUCCAUAAAUCGCACUGCUAUAAAUUACAUGAGUGCAAAGUGAAACCCAAGCCGCUUAACCCGGGGCAGACUGUUUUCUACAUGGUUCAACCAAGAUUUAUGAACGUCGACAUCAGGGUGAUGGUUGAUGUUACACAAGGAGCUUUGGACCUGUUCCUCAGUCCCAGAGAUGACUCCUUUGUCGUUGUUUUGAACAGUUCUACUGGAUACCAAGACGUCGAAAUCGACAGCCGUUUCAAAUGGCGCAGCGACUACCACGACGACUGGCUUGAUAAUCAUCCGCACAACAGAAUGAGGAAGGUAGAAUUUCACCCACUGGAUUCAUCUGGAUCCACCGCAAAUGGCACAACAACUACAGAGAGUAGUUGGACAUCAGGAGCCCAGUAUAUAGUUAUGGAACGUUACGCGGAAGGCUUGGCAACUUUUGUGACAAUAGAACAAAGGAACACGUUCCUUGUGAUUAGGAAUUUGACGAACAGACUUGUCUUGACAUUACCUCAAGACAGGCACGAGCUCGGACAAACCAAGUUCCACAUAGCUCUUAGGGCAAUCGACUCACCGAACCCAGAAAUUAAUAGCAGAGCUGCGUAUGGAAUGAUAUUCUUCCGACAGGACCAAUUGCAUAUUGAUCUCUUUGUAUUUUUCUCAGUAUUCUUUUCAUGUUUUUUCCUUUUUCUCGCUGCUUGCGUUGUCGCGUGGAAAACUAAACAGGCAGCUGAUAUAAGACGAGCAAGACGCAGGCAUGUGGUGGAAAUGCUGCACAUGGCAAAACGACCAUUUGCAUCCGCAACUAUUUUAUAUGACAGAGAUGGUGGUGGUCUUAGUCCUAGUUCUCCUCUUAGAAAAGGAGGUCGUCGCAAUAAGCAAAUAAAUUUCCACAGUGAUGUUAGACCUGUUGCAGUAGAGCCGACUGACGACGGAGUAGCUGCUGUAGCCACAGUUUUUAUAAGACUACCAGGCGGAAGACAGGCUCCGGUAAAACUUGCCCUUGGAAGUUCGCUCAUUUUAUUGGCGCGUGUCCAUCCUGUGAACGGACGAGCUUUUCUAAGACGUAGAAAUAGCCACGCACCAAAUUAAAGGUAAAAAAACACAAAAAACACUCCGUCUUCUGAUUAUACGUCUCUCUUCGUAUCAUUGCGUCCUCAUUAUUAUUUAGACAAUUUUUAUUGAUAAAUUAAGAGACCAUACGCUGGUUAAUUUAUUAGUCGUUUAGAGAUCUCCCAAGUUCAACGGUAUGCCAAAAUUACGGAAUUUUUAAUCAUACCGUUGGUAUAAUCGAACGAAAAAUACUCACGUCAAGCUAUGGGUACAAAUUAUUUUUCAAAGCCUCCUCUGAAUUUUUAAUUAUUCAGCUGACCUUUUGGAGUUUUUAUUAUCGGACCCGGUUAAUUAUAGCAAGACCUAAAUCACAAAACCAAAAUAUCAUUGGUACGUCAAUAAAUUUUCACAAAUGAGGUAAAAAGAAUCUAUCACAAAUUUUCAUUUUGACGCGUGAUAUUAAUAUACACAUAUUUUUUUUUUUUUUAAGAACAUCUACACUUUUAUUAAUUAUGUAACAUAGCGUAUCUAAGGAUAAUACUUUAGGCCACAAUUUUAUUUAUUUUUUUCCGUUGAUUUUUAUUCUUUUAUUCUUAUUACGGCUUUUGCUGUUUAAUCUCUACAUUAUACCAUGAUGAUCUGAUUUUAAACGAAUUUGGACAUUCCUAGGUAAAUAAUUCCGAAAUCCCUCCUAAAUGCAGUAAUGAUUUAUUAUAUAUUAUAGGGUUUAGAUUUUGAAGUGGGUAAUCGAAAUUUUUUUUCGGUAUAAGGUAACGUAUUAUUAUUAUAUUGUUUUUAAGACUAUCAUUUCGUAUUAUUUUUCAUUAUCAUGCCGUUGAAAGAAAAAGAAAAAAAAUUUGACUGUACGUUUGUAUAUAACGAUUUGUAAUUAUGUGCUAAAUUGUAUUACAUAUAUUAAGUAUUUUAUAGCUCCAAAAAAUAUGUAAAUGAUGAAUGGUAUAUAGGUGUAUUAUCGGUUUAUAAUAGAAACUAAUCUAACUAUUAUUACGCGUGUUUUUGCGAUGCUCGAAUUUUCUUUCAUCACAUCUGGGUGUAAACCAUUAUCAAAAAAAGCUCAACUUUUUUUUUCGUUUUUCUAUUCAAACCCUUGGAAGAUGAAGUCCAAAUUAUAUCUGAUAAUUGUUUAAUCAUUCGAUUUCAGGGGAAAUCAUGGCAUUGUAAACGCGAAAAUUUUAGCGGGAAACUGAGAAAAAUGGGCAACAAAAUAAUGAAAAAAUGACAAAACUUGACGAUUUCGCAAAGAGUGAAUAGUUCAUGGGUAUUUUCUCAAUGGGAGAAAAAUCAUAUAAAGAUUAUUGAUCUGUUGUAUAGAAAUUAAUGUGUAAUUGUGUCUCUUUUUAGGGGGGAAAAAUCGUUGUUACGUAUAUAUUGUUAAGAAAAAACCUUCAUACAUAUUUACGAGAUAAAUGUCCACGAAACAGCUAUAAUGGGAAAUUUGAAACUGUAUAUUUAGGAGUUAGAAAUAGUUGGAGAAAAGUGAAAAGAUCUCGUAUCACAAAUACAAAAAAAAAACUCUCUUUCUCUCUAUCUCUAUCUCUCUCAAUUAAUUCUAUCUUGUAGAUGCGAACAUACCAAUGUACAAUAGAUAUAGUCUGUAUAUACAUAAUAGCGCAGCGUCUAUGCAAUACUGUUGAUGUAAAAAUCACCUAACUAAUUCUGAUAUUUAUAAUACUUUACUGAAUUCCAUUCAAACUGUGGGACAAAAUAUUUAGGCCCAAUUUUCCCACCUCUGAAUGAAAUUUGUCCUCCCAAUGACUUCCCUAAAGUGCGACUCAGAUUAGCCAUCUAUUACUCUAUUUGAAGGUGGAACAACUGGGCUUUCAGGACACAAUGUAAUCAGAUACCUAAGUAUAUUUUUUCGCGCAAAUUUUAUCCUGAUAUGGGUAUGGGAAUCUUCGCCUGAAUUUUAUUUUACCUGAAUUUCUUUGUGUAUUUAAUGCCGUUGACUUUUUUAUCUGUUCAGCGAGUCUAAUGCAUUUUUAUGGUAGUUCGUCGUUAUAUACACAAUUAUAAAAUACUCAUUUAGUGUAAUAAUGUAGAUAUACAUUCAUGUGUCUAUACCAAGUUUUUAAUUGUACAAAUCUGGGUUUCAACUUCUACAUGUUUUCUUCUCAUCAAUAAUAUUCUUAUUAUACAUAUAUUUCUUGUAUUUGAUUUGUUUCUUCUAUUUGUAAAUACUGUAUUAUUGUUUAUAAGGUAUAUACUAUAUACUAUAUCACAUGUACAAAACAUAAAUUAUAUAUAAUGCAGCGAAUAUUAUUUAAUUUGUACAUCUGCUCAGUGGCAGCAAAAACAUCAAAAAGAAUUAGAAAAGAAUUCAUGGUUGGCAAUGAUGGUAUUGCAUGCGCUGUUGCAAAUUUGAAAAGAAAAACGAAGAAAACUGAAGUUUAAAGAAAAUAAUAUCAAUAAGGCGCAACGGGCUAUAUGAAAUAUCGCUGUAACUAAGGUUGUGAAAUCUCGUAAAGAGUCAUGUGCUAAGGUAACAAGGGUUGUGCGAGAAGUAAACUUAUAUAUAUAUAUA